CACUAAAAUAGGUCAAUAUUUUCUUUGCGUGCGAUUAUCCGAGCGGAGGCGAAGGAAACCCUAGGAUUUGCAGCCACCGCAGAGUUCAAGAGAUGGCCAAGUCGAAGAAUCACACGGCACACAAUCAGUCCCGCAAAGCCCAUAGGAAUGGCAUCAAGAAACCAAGGAAGCACCGCCACACCUCCACCAAAGGAAUGGACCCGAAGUUUCUCAGGAACCAGAGGUACGCGAAGAAACACAACAACAAGAGUGGCGAAACAGCUUCUGAGGAAGAGUAAAGUAGGACGCCAAGAUGCGGCAAGUUCAGGGUUUUUAUGAUAUAAGUUUGAUUUUCUAUUGAACCUCUUGUUUUAUCUGUUGUUUUUGUUUAGUAGCAGUCUUGUAAUUUUGACUUUGUUGUAGCGAGCUCCAUUUUGAUGAGGCUUCUACGGCCUGGUUACGACAAUACACUAUCAGUUUUGCAUUUUUUUUAAGGUCUUAACUAUUGCUUACAUCUUCAUAC